UUCUUCCGCCCGAAUGUGGGUGUGGUCAACUCGCAGCAAAAAUGGAGGAGAGGUUUCUGUUGUAGCUGCUUAAAGUUUGAAGAUUGAUGUAAAAAUAAUCACAGAAAUCGCGGUCGUUGUUCUUGUUUUCUUUUCUGGUGGCAGACCGGGGCUGUGAUGCUUUAUCACCAUGGGAAAUAUAUUUGGAAAAAAGAAACAGUCGCGUGUGACGGAACAAGACAAAGCGAUUCUGCAACUGAAACAACAGCGAGAUAAACUGCGACAGUAUCAGAAGAAGAUCAACCUGCAGCAGGACAAGGAGAGAGUUUUAGCCAAACAGCUGCUGAAGGAUGGAAAGAAAGACAAAGCUCUGCUGCUGUUGAAGAAGAAACGUUACAGGGAUCAACUCCUGGACAAGACCGAGAACCAGAUCAGUAACCUGGAGCAUCUGGUCCAGGAUCUGGAGUUUGUUCAGAUUGAGAAGAAAGUCAUUGAUGGCCUGAAGGUCGGAAACGAGUGUCUGAAGAAGAUGCAUGAGGUCAUGUCCAUUGAAGAAGUGGAGCGGAUCAUGGAUGAGACUCACGAUGCCGUUGAAUAUCAGCGGCAAAUCGAUGAGAUUCUCGCCGGCUCCUUGACGCCAGAGGAUGAAGAGGCCGUUCUGGCCGAGCUGGAGGCCAUCACUCAGGGAGAGAUGGAGCUUCCUGAUGUUCCUGCAGAGGAACUGCCCGAAGUCCCCGAAAAAGAACCAGAGAGAGAACGUCCCAGGAAGAAGGCUCAACCGGAGAUGCUCGCUGCGUGAUCACAUGACCAUCCUGCAGGAUCUGGACUCUGAUCUGCUGCUGCUGCUGCUGCUGCUGCUGCUGCUGUGAUGUUUGAUACACAACCACCAACAGACUCAGUGACCGACAAACACAGUUCAACUGCAGCCUGAGGAGACAGCAGGAUGUCCUUCCUCCUCCUCCUCCUCAUCUGCUGCCAAGUCCAAACCUGAAGGAGCAGAGCUAAACAAACCUGCAGCUGCGGAGGAGAAACACACCCAUACUGUACAGAAUGAGUACUAACAUCUCAUAUAUUAAAGGGAUAGUUUUACUUUUUUUAAAUGUGUUUGUGUGAGAAAACUGUCACUGAAGCUGCACUGCAGUGUCCACAGCCCACAGGAAGUUUGAUUGAAGGUGGAGGGCAGAGACCAGGUUUACAGUUUUGUGUGUGUUUUGAUAUUUGUCAACCUUUUUCUACACAGAAUCUCAUAGAGAAAACCACAGGUUUUACAUUACAGCCCACAGCAGUUGUUGAUACACUGCUGCCUCCAUCACUACGUUCUAAAGUGUUACUCUGUGACCUCUGUUUGGAAUUCUGUUUUCAGAUUCACUUCAGUUACACAAACUGACCACACGAGGCAGCAGUAGACCAGCAGCUUCUGUUUCCCACUGAGUUAAACAUCUGUAGUUUUCUCUAUGGACUUCAGUAUGGGAGGGUGAGCAGUUUCAUUCAACACUCCAGUUUGUAGAUGACGUUUCAGUGUCACAUCUCAUACAAACUUUUUAAAAAAUCCAAACUAUCACUUUUAUUUCUUUGACAUUUGUCACUAAUCAUUUUUACAGACACAGACUUUAAUGUGUUCACUUUGGUUAAAAGAAAGUUAGAAGAAAAUUAGUCACAUUUAUUUUAUCAACAAAACACCACUAAACUUGUAUUUACUUUCUUUUUCUACUAAAUACAAAUGUAACAUUUUAAUGAUGAAUAUUUAAGGUGAACUCUGUCGUCAUCAUCAUCAUCAUCAUCAUCAUAAAUGAUCACUGACAUUUAUUGUUUCAAAAAAAUGUCCCCAUUUUGCAUCACUGUAGUCAGUGCCCCCUGUUGUUCUAGGACUAGCCGCAGGGGGGCAGUAGGGGACAAUCAGCGAAGUGGCCAAAAGUAAAAGGACAUUAUGUUUUCAGUGUGGGAGAGUUCUGUUGGAAACAUUGAUUGUUCUUUUGAAUAUAAUUAUUUUCUUUUUUACGACUUAAACUCAAACCCAGGUGUGAGUCUGCCAUGGUUUUAUACAGACUCUGGUUUCUGUCAGUUCAGGUUUAAAAUGUGGAUUUAAUUUAAAAAUCAGUUCUCAUUUUAAUCUUUGAAAAUAAAACAAAAUCAACAUCUGAACUCA